UUUGGCUGCAAACUGGCAUAAUUUAUGUUAUUCAUUCUGGAUCUGUUCCUUUCUUUGAAGAGAAAAAGGAAAUGACUGAACAAGAACAAGUGCAGAUGCCACAGGAUUGCCUGCCCUGCCUGACAAGAAAGGGAGACAUCAAAACAGAGGAAGAAAAGCGAAGUGAAGACUUGCUGAGGGAAAUAGAAUCCGAGGGGAAGAAGGCAGCCCUGGACUGGAAGGAAAUGCACGGCCUUCUGGACGAGGUGCAGCAGCUUGUGGAAGGCUGGCUGGAAAAGAUUCAGAGCUACGUUGUCUGCCAAAGGAAAAAGACUGUCAGAUUUCCCAGAGAAAGCUGCUGCCUGCAGGAACUGGGAAAAGAGAAGAGACAACAGCUCCUGUUGAGGUCGUCCAGAGACCUAGAGUUGGGGAAUGAGAGUGCAAGAGCCACUGAAAGGAGGGAUGGGAUUAAAGAGGGUGGUCCAGAGGCUGUAGCGAUCGCCACAGGCGCAGAAAGCUUUAAAAAAGGAUUACACAAAUUCGUGGAAGACAAGGUCUGUGAGUGGCUACUAGCUAUGGAUGUGGACAGUGCUGGGUGCAGAGGUGAGAUGUUCUCCUCAAAGCCUCAGACACACUUGGUGGAGCUGGAGCAGAGACUGCUGGCUUUCUCUCAGAAGAGGGCUGUUUUGCACGGGACACUGCUGCAGUUCAAAGAGACUCUUCAGCUGGAACUGAAGCUCAAUGGAGAACCAGGUGAAAAGCCCUGGAUCGAAAAUCCACAGAACCCUGAGGGAAGGAAUGGAAUUAGACAUCCCAACAGAGGAGAUGAGCAAAUAAAUGAUACGGCGGAUGAAAAGCCUGACAUAGAUCAUUCUGAGCAUAAGGAACUGCAUGAGAGACCAAUGGGAAAAGUCACAGAGGGCAUUCCCCUGCACCCAAAAAUGCAAGACACUUUGGAGAGCCAGCAUGAAUCAAAGAGAGAGCUAGGAAACUGCCUGAGAAAUGGGGGAAAGAAUAGAUCUUGCCAAGGAAAUGACAGGGACCUCGACAGAGAUAUCGCUCAGCUGAGGCCUCUGGGGAACCAGAAACAAAAGAUGUGCACCGAGUGUGGGAAAAGCUUCAGCCAGAGCUCUCGCCUCAGCAGGCAUCAGAGGAUCCACACUGGUGAAAAACCGUACAAGUGUUCAGACUGUGGAAAGAGUUUCUGCCAGCGGUCUGGGCUUAUCGUUCACCGGCGAACGCACACGGGCGAGAGGCCCUAUCGGUGCUCCCACUGCGAAAAGAGCUUCAGCUUGAACUCCAACCUCAUUGCGCAUGAGAGGACUCACACGGGCGAGAAGCCAUUCAAAUGCUCGCACUGCGGGAAGGGUUUCAGUCAGCGGUCGGGUCUCCUUGCCCAUGAAGGGACCCACCGGGAAGAGAAGCCGUACAAAUGCAUGGACUGCGGGAAAAGUUUCUGCCGCAGCUCAGAUCUCAUCAUCCACGUGACAACCCACACAGGGGAGAAGCCUUUUAAAUGUUCCCACUGUGGGAAGGGGUUUAGCCGGAAGCCAGACCUCACAGUGCAUGAGAGGACCCACACCGGAGAGAAACCAUAUAAAUGUCCUGACUGUGGGAAAAGGUUUAGUCAGAGGUCAGGCCUCAUAGCACAUGAACGAACCCAUGUAGAGGAGAAACCAUACAAAUGCGGGGUUUGUGAUAAGAAUUUUAGCCAUAGCUCACAUCUGGCGGUACACGACACAACACAUGUGGAAGAGAAACCUUUUAAAUGCCUGGAUUGUGAGAAAAGCUUUGGACGGAAGCCAGACCUCAUAGCACACCAAAGAAACCACACCGGGGAAAAACCAUACAAAUGCUCAAAUUGUGGGAAAUGCUUCAGCCAGAGGCCGAGUCUAAGUGCACACGAAAUGACCCACAUAGGGGAGAAGCUAUUCCCAUGUUCAGACUGUGGAAAGAGCUUCCGCAAUAGCUCCAAUCUCAAAUCCCACAAGAAGACCCAUAUCGGGGACAAACCGUACAAAUGCUCAAUCUGUGAGAAGAGUUUCAAAUGGAGCUCCAACCUAAUCGCCCACGAAAGAACUCACACGGGCGAGAAGCCCUACAAGUGCUUGGACUGUGGGAAAAGCUUCAAGUGGAGCUCGGACCUUAGCAGACACCAGAGAACCCAUCUGGGGGAGAACUCUUGAAGGGCCUGAAUGCAAAGAAAGCAUUUUAAAU